GCAAAAAUAAUCAUACUCAGCCUAGCAAUUGUCUGCCCCUAGGUCUGUUGCUCUGCCGCCGUCCACACUCGCUGCAAGGGAGGGGGCACAGAAUUUACCGCGGCAAGAACAUCCCUCCCAGCCAGCAGAUUACAAUGUUGCAAACUAAGGAUUUCAUCUGGACUUUGUUUUUCCUGGGAACUGCAGUUUCUCUGCAGGUGGAUAUUGUUCCCAGUCAAGGGGAAAUCAGCGUUGGAGAGUCCAAGUUCUUCUUAUGCCAAGUGGCAGGAGAUGCCAAAGAUAAAGACAUCUCCUGGUUCUCCCCCAACGGAGAAAAGCUCACCCCGAACCAGCAGCGGAUCUCAGUGGUAUGGAAUGAUGACUCUUCUUCCACCCUCACCAUCUACAAUGCCAACAUUGAUGAUGCCGGCAUUUACAAGUGUGUGGUCACUGGCGAGGAUGGCAGUGAGUCCGAGGCCACGGUCAACGUGAAGAUCUUCCAGAAGCUCAUGUUCAAGAAUGCACCAACCCCGCAGGAGUUCAGGGAGGGGGAAGAUGCUGUCAUCGUGUGUGACGUGGUCAGCUCCCUCCCCCCGACCAUCAUCUGGAAACACAAAGGUCGAGACGUCAUCCUGAAAAAAGAUGUCCGAUUCAUAGUCCUGUCCAACAACUACCUGCAGAUCCGGAGCAUCAAGAAAACGGAUGAGGGCACUUACCGCUGUGAGGGCAGGAUCCUAGCGCGGGGGGAGAUCAACUUCAAGGACAUUCAGGUCAUCGUGAAUGUGCCACCUGCCGUACAGGCCAGGCAGAGCAUAGUGAAUGCCACCGCCAACCUCGGUCAGUCUGUCACCCUGGUGUGCGAUGCUGAAGGCUUCCCAGAGCCCACCAUGAGCUGGACAAAGGAUGGAGAACAGAUAGAGAAUGAGGAAGAAGAGAAGUACCUCUUUAGCGAUGACAGUUCGGAGCUGACCAUCAAGAAGGUGGAUAAGAAUGACGAGGCUGAGUACGUCUGCAUCGCCGAGAACAAGGCUGGAGAGCAGGACGCGUCCAUUCACCUCAAAGUCUUUGCAAAACCCAAAAUCACUUAUGUAGAGAACCAGACUGCCAUGGAACUGGAGGAACAGGUCACACUCACUUGUGAAGCCUCAGGAGACCCCAUUCCUUCUAUCACCUGGAGAACUUCCACCCGAAACAUCAGCAGCGAAGAAAAGACUCUGGACGGGCACAUGGUGGUGCGCAGCCAUGCCCGAGUGUCAUCCCUGACCCUGAAGAGCAUCCAAUACACAGACGCUGGAGAAUACAUCUGCACUGCCAGCAACACCAUCGGCCAGGACUCCCAGUCCAUGUACCUCGAAGUGCAAUAUGCGCCCAAGCUGCAGGGCCCUGUGGCUGUGUACACUUGGGAGGGGAACCAGGUGAACAUCACUUGUGAGGUAUUUGCCUACCCCAGUGCCACAAUCUCAUGGUUUCGAGAUGGACAGCUGUUGCCAAGCUCCAACUACAGCAAUAUCAAGAUCUACAACACCCCCUCUGCCAGCUACCUGGAGGUGACUCCAGACUCCGAAAAUGAUUUUGGAAACUACAACUGUACUGCAGUGAACCGCAUUGGACAGGAGUCUUUGGAAUUCAUCCUUGUCCAAGCAGACACCCCAUCUUCACCAUCCAUCGACCAGGUGGAGCCAUACUCCAGCACAGCACAGGUGCAGUUUGAUGAGCCAGAGGCCACAGGCGGGGUGCCCAUCCUCAAGUACAAGGCCGAAUGGAGAGCAGUGGGCGAGGAAGUGUGGCACUUCAAGUGGUAUGAUGCCAAGGAAGCCAGCAUGGAGGGCAUCGUCACCAUAAUGGGCCUGAAGCCUGAGACGACGUACGCAGUACGACUGGCAGCCCUCAAUGGCAAGGGCCUGGGCGAAAUCAGCGCAGCCUCCGAGUUCAAGACACAGCCAGUCCAUAGCCCCCUUCCACCAGCUCCUGCUAGCUCUUCCACCCCUGUUCCAUUGUCUCAUCCAGAUACAACCUGGCCUUUUCCUGCCCUUACAACCACAGAACCGGCUAAAGGGGAACCCAGCGCUCCGAAGCUCGAAGGGCAGAUGGGAGAGGACGGCAACUCCAUUAAGGUGAACCUGAUCAAGCAGGACGACGGCGGCUCCCCCAUCAGACACUACCUGGUCAAGUACCGAGCGCUCUCCUCCGAGUGGAAACCAGAGAUCAGGCUCCCGUCUGGCAGUGACCAUGUCAUGCUCAAGUCCCUGGACUGGAAUGCUGAGUAUGAGGUCUACGUGGUGGCUGAGAACCAGCAGGGGAAGUCCAAGGCGGCUCAUUUUGUGUUCAGGACCUCGGCCCAGCCCACAGCCAUCCCAGCGACCUUGGGAGGCUCCUCUGCGUCCUACACCUUUGUCUCAUUGCUUUUCUCUGCAGUGACUCUUCUUUUGCUCUGUUAGGAACUUAAGAACAUGAAAAAAUUAAAUUUGCUUAAAAGCCCAGUUCCUAUGAGCCUCCUUUGGAAGGACAAGUCAGGACCGCCACAGCUGUGCCACCACGCACUCUGUGGAAGAGGAAGGUUUGGCAAUUGGAAAAAGCUGGACCUCCAGACAUUUUACCAUUUACAUAUACUUUUGUGCCACUUCAUAAGGUGUUUACCCCUCUCUUAGUGGCAAUGCAAAAUAUUUUGGAGCUUUUUUCUUUAAACAGUAUUAAAAAAAAAAAAAAACAUUAUGCUAGGUUUACAGAGAUGUUUCUGCAUAUCUGCUACUUGUUGCAUCUUAUGUUCUUACCUGAAAAUGAUGUAGCAGAGGAAGAUUUC